AUGAAGAUCUUCUACAUGGGAAUAAUUCGAAAUGAUCCUCAUCCAGCAACUGAAUUAGCGGUGGAGCGAGACCUCUCGUCCUUCUCACGUUUUACCCGAGACAGCUAUGGCGAGUUCAUGUCGGUGUUUGCGAAGACAGUGGCGGAAAGGACUCGACCGGGCGUCCGACAAGACAUCGAAGAGAAAUCAUACACGUUCCACGCCUACGGAUCGACGGCUGGCGUUGCAGGCAUCAUCAUCUCCGACGCCGAGUAUCCCGCUCUUGUUGCGCACCAAGUCCUCUCCAAGAUAAUCGACGAGUUCACGACACAAAAUCCACAGUCGUCCUACAUCUCAACAUCCGUCACAUCCGUGCGGUUUCCACAACUGAAGGAGUACAUCACCAAAUACCAAGACCCGAACCAGGCGGACAGCAUUAUGAAAGUUCAGCGAGAACUUGACGAAACCAAGAUCGUUCUUCACAAGACGAUUGAAAGCGUACUGGAACGCGGAGAGAAGAUUGACAGCCUCGUGCAGAAGAGUGACGGACUCAGCGCCCAGAGUAAAAUGUUCUACCAGCAAGCGAAGAAGCAGAACAGCUGCUGUGUCCUUAUGUGA